AUGAUGGACUCAUAACCAUGUUUGUCAUAAACCUUCAGCCCAAGGCGCACACACUUCAUCAUGUAAUUCAGUCCUCCCCAAUGAUUCAUCCCUCCUCGAUACCACAAGGGAAAUACGAGGACGUGCCCCGAUCAAAAGAGCACUGGCAAUAAUACACUCCAGCCUUAUUCUGGAGUAAAUGAAGAGUAACGUCACCAGCGAUAAGGUUAUCAGCAACAGUGAUGUCAGACCCUCAUCUGGAGGCAGGUGGGAAUUAGCUGAAUUCCCCGAGUCUGAGGAUCCUGUUUCUGACCUCUGCCUUCCUAGUAAAUACAUUCUUCAUGCACUGAUGUAACUCCAAUCUGUUUUUAUUAUUCCUUUGCACGAUGUGGGGCUGCGGCAUGAUGACACGGUUAAUGUCAGAGUAAAAACAGCUCUCUGAGGCACUGUAUGAUCAUAAUUAUGGGCCAAAAUUGGGGGUUGUAAGGCACUCCCACCACCAACAAAGCUACAUGAAAGCUUCAUGUUUCUCUGUUUGGUAUAAAAGGUUUUCGAGUCGACGCUCGAACAAAGAGAAGCAUGGCUGACUUUAAAUGUAGCGUUACUUCAGCUGCAAUCAACCUGGCAGAUGAUGCACCAUGGAAGAAGAUCCAGAAGAACACCUUUACACGCUGGUGCAAUGAACACCUGAGGUCUGUGAACAUGCGGAUCAGCGAUCUGAAGACCGAUCUGAGCGAUGGCCUUGUUCUCAUCUCUUUGCUGGAGGUCCUGAGCCACAAGAGGAUGUUUAGAAAGUACCACACGAGACCAACCUUCAGGCAACUCAAGCUGGACAAUGUUUCGGUGGCUCUGGAGUUUUUGGAUCAUGAAAAGGUCAAGCUGGUGUCUAUUGACAGCAAAGCAAUAGUGGAUGGUAAUUUGAAGCUGAUCCUGGGUCUGGUGUGGACCCUGAUACAGCAUUACUCCAUCUCCACCCCAGUGUGGGAGGAUGAGGCAAACGAUUCUGUCUCCAAACUGACUCCAGAGAUGAGGCUUCUGGGAUGGAUCCAAAACAAAGUUCCUGAACUGCCGAUCACCAACUUUAGCCAGGACUGGCAGGAUGGCAAGGCCCUCGGGGCAUUAGUGGAUGGACUUGCACCUGGCUUGUGUCCUGACUGGGAGAGCUGGGACUCUGUGCAUCGUGUGAGCAACACUAAAGAAGCAAUGCAGCAAGCUGAUGACUGGCUUGGGGUUCCUCAGCUCAUAGCCCCAGAGGAGAUUCUCGAUCCAGCUGUGGAUGAGCAGUCGGUGAUGACAUAUCUCUCGCUUUUCCCGAAAGCCAGACUGAAACCUGGAGCACCGCUCAAGCCAAAGAAAGUGCCUAAACCAAAAGCCUGUCGUGCCACAGGACGGGGAUUGCAGUCCAAAGGCAUAAGGGUAGAACAGCUGGCUGAAUUUAAGGUGGACACAUGUCGAGCUGGGCCUGGAAAUCUGGAUGUCCAUAUCAGAGACCCCAGUGGAAGUGAAGUGUCGGUCACACAAAAGGAGCUGUUCAAGGGUGUCUUUGGCUUCCAAUAUACACCCAGUGCUGAAGGAGAUCACACAGUGGACAUUACAUGGGUUGGUCAGCACAUUUCCAAGAGCCCUUUUAAAGUCAAUGUUGGUCCAGAAGCAGGACCACAGAAGAUCCGAGUGUGGGGACCGGGACUAGAGGGAGGAACUGUGGGCUCACCGGCUCAGUUCAUGGUGGAAUCUGUUGGUGCUGAUUCUGGAAUGCUGGGUUUUGCCAUUGAAGGUCCAUCUCAGGCAAAGAUCGCUUGUGAUGACCAUAAUGACGGAUCCUGUCAGGUGCGUUUCUGGCCGACCGAGGCAGGUGAGUAUGCAGUUCACGUCAUGUGUGAUGAUGAAGAAAUCCAGGACAGUCCAUUCAUGGCCUCCAUCAGACCCAAAAGCAAAGGCUUCCACCCUGACAAGGUGAAAGUAGAAGGACCAGGUGUUUCCCAAACUGGCUGCGUAAUAAACCUCCAAAAUGAAUUCAUCGUGGAUACCAGACAGGCUGGUGAAGGAGAACUUGCAGUUUUUGCUCAGAGAGCAGAUGGAGAGUGUGUCGAUGUUACAAUCUCUUCUGAACAAUCUGGUGUGUUUGUCUGCUCCUACACGCCUUCAUCUCUCUCCAAACACACCAUUGCUGUGACUUGGGGAGGCGUCAUGGUUCCUGGCAGUCCUUUCAUUGUGACACCUCGCAGGAUUAAGAUUACACCUUGUAGCCCAGUCUGGUUUAAACCAGAUGGAUCAGAAAUUUGUUACUCUGAUGAAGACUUUCCAGAGAACGUCCAUCCUGGUGGUCGAGGAGAACUGGUCAUGAAUGUUAUCAGCCCAUCAAAUAUGCCAGCCGAUGCCACAAAGGUAAAUGCUCAUGGUCCUGGACUGACAGAAGGUGUUGUUGGAGAACAAGCAGAGUUCAUUAUUGACACAAGCAGAGCAGGAAGUGGAAGACUUGAUGUAAGAGUAGACGGACCCAGUGAGGUUACACUACAAUGUCUGGACGAUCAAGAUGGCACUUGCACUGUGCUUUACCUCCCUACGGAGCAUGGAAUGUACCAAAUCAAUGUGCUUUUUGACAACUCUCACAUUCCUGGAUCUCCGUUUGGGGCUAACAUACAUCAUCCAGUUGACCCAUCGAAAGUUUUGGUAACUAACUCUGCUUUGCAACACGGAAUAGUGGGUGAACCUUGCAUUGUAAAUAUAGACUGUGCAAAGGUAGGAUCUGAGGAUCUAUCAGUGCAGGCCAUCUCUGAUUCAGGAGUUGUCGUUGAAACCGAAGUGAAAGAGAACGAGGAUGGCACAUACACUGUUGUUUAUGUGCCCCGAACUGGAGGUGUAUAUACACUGCUUCUCAAAUAUGGAGGAAAGGUGCUGCCUGUUCAUAAAGUGAUGGUGGAACAGAAGGUCUACAAAAGCCAUGUAAAAGUGAGCAGAAGAGGAGGCGUUGUGGUUGGCGAAAGAGAAACUGAUGCAAGCCAAGUUGUUGCAAGUGGUUUGGGUCUCCAGAAAGGCCUCAUCGGACAUCCUAACAUGUUUUGUGUAAACACCAGAUCUCCAGUUGAUGAUCUUGGUGUAACAGUGGAGGGUCCGUCUGACUGUCAGGUGACGUGUAAAGAUGGUGGUCAGGGCGUGUAUGGUGUGGAAUAUACUCCAACAGUGCCUGGUGAAUAUAAGAUAUCCAUAACCUCUGGAGAGAACAGUAUUCCAGGAAGCCCAUUUGUUGUGUCAGUGGAUGAUGUUUCAAAUACUGCAGGCUCUGGAGAUUGUCUACAGGCUGGGAUUUGCAUAUCUUCAAAUGCUGUUACUUCUCAAGAAAUAGUCAAACACAACGGAUCCAGGAUGCACAGAGCGAGUCCAGCUUCAUUAGUGAAAGACAGAAAGCCCGUCUUAGAUCCUCAAAGUCUUUAUGGAAGCAGCAGUCCCAACCAGUUUCAAGCACUACCUAAGUAUGGCCGUGAUAAAGAGCUUUCCUUAGCUCAUGAUCUGAACAUGGCCGAUAUUAUUGCUCCUGGUAUUAAAGGUGGAAUCUGUGGUAAAACCCCUCAAGGCUUCACAAUUAGCUGCAGCAGCAGUGGAGAAUCUCCAAACGCAGUGGCUGUGGUGAGACCUGAUGGAUCUAAGGAGUUCCUGGAGCUCACAGACAACAGAGAUGGCAGUUGUAGUGGUGUCUAUUUACCCACCAUGGACGGUUGUCAUUCAUUGAUAGUGAAAUUCCCCAAUGAAGAGAGUUUUAAUAGACAGUUCCAGGUACUGCCGACAGAUGAAUUAGCCGAGGUUAAUGUAUCAGGUCCAGGUCUAACAUCAGGAAUGUGUGCUCAGUGUCCUCAGACAUUCAUUAUCGACUGCACUUCCUCAAGAAAAACUCUGCAGUUUGUUACCAUGAUGACACCAAAUGGCAUAAGUGAGAUAAUGGAGGUCAGAGAUAAUGGUGACUGCACAUACUCUGUGAACUACACACCUACAAUGGAAGGCCUUUAUUCUUUGAUGGUCAAAUAUACUGAUGAUGAUUCAUUUUGCAGUCCCUUCAAGUUUCAAGUGCUCCCUGUGCCCGGUGUUGAUUAUAAACAUCCUGAAACUCCAGUUUUUGAAUCAGGCUUCAAGGCAGAUGUGUGUGUGAACACUCCACAGGCCUUCAUUGUUGAUGGCAGUAGCAUUGGAGAGCCACCAGAGACUGUAGCUCUCCUUACUCCUGAUGGCAAAAUCAAAUUAUUAAGUUCAAAAGACAAUGGAGAUGGGUCAUAUCUAGUUGAGUACUCCGCUUCUGCUGAAGGACCUCACUCGAUCAUGGCCAAAUAUACCAAUGAUGAUUGCUUCAGAAGUAUUCACAGGUUUAAUGCCAUUCCUCCUCACACUGUCAGAAAGGAUAAAGACAUUGGAAAUAAAAAGGAAAAUUCGAGUCAGGAGGGAAAUGUCCACUCUAAGCCUCCACAUACAUUCACUAACGGCUGCCGUGUGGAACCAGAAGCUAAUGCUAAAGCUAAUGGCUCAAUAAAACUCGCAGAUAUAUUGGACAACAGGGAUAAAAAAUGUGAGAUGUCUUGCACACCAAAAAUGCCAGGCUGUAAGUCUGUAAUGGACAAAUACAACAGCAAAGAAGCUUUCAGAAGCCUCCAGACAGAUCCGACUGUAAAUACAGAGCAAUCAGUCUGUGCUCAAAGUCCUCAGUUGUUCAGGAUCAGCUGUAGUAAAUCCGGGAAGCCCCCUGACUGUGUGCUGAUGAUCAGACCUGAUGGAGAGACUGAACUGACAGAGGUCAAAGAAAACCCUGACGGGACUUACUCUGUCAAAUACUGUCCCACUAAUGAAGGUCUUCAUUCCUUAAUGGUCAAAUAUGUUGAUGAUGAUUCAUUUUACAAUCCUUUGAGGUUUCAUGUCCUUCCUCACGCUGAUAGUCAUGACAAACAUGUGAUUAAUACAAAUGAAGCUUGUAGCAGACAAUUAGAGGAACGUGUCAGCGCUCAAAUUCCUCAGACUUUCACAACUUGCUGCAACACUAACGAGGCCUCAGGGACAGAGAUGUUGAAAGCUGAUGAUCAUGUUGAAGUGUUAAAUAAUGAGAACACAACCAGUGCAACAACACACACACCUGAACCCUCAGCGGUCAGAAAUGCCACACUGGAGGAUUUUCAAAGGCACCAGCCACCAUCCUCUCACACUUCAAGUGGGUACAGGGGUUUUCAAAACAAGGUUGAGGGCAGGAAUGCAAUCCCUCCUGCUGCCAUUAAUCAAGCAGGGUUUAUAUCCUGUGAUAUAGUCCUGCCAGGAGACUUAAGUGAAGGUGAAAUUACAGGAGAGGUGAUCACGCCGUCUGGAAAGAGAGCACAGCCUGACAUGAUUGAUAAUAAAGAUGGGACUGUCGUUAUGAAGUUUGAUCCUUCAGAGGAGGGUCUUCAUCAAAUCCUUAUUAAAUCAGCAGAAAAUGAUAUACCAGAACUUCCACUGCAAUAUUAUGCAAAUAGUCUUGCUAAUCGCAGCCCUGUGGCCUAUGGGCGUGGCCUUGUGUGUGGAAUUGCAAAUGAGACUGCAACAUUCACCAUCUGUCAGGAGGAUUCAGCCUCGAGUGAACUGGACAUCACAAUUGAGGGUCCGUCUGAGGCUGAUGUGCACUGCUUGGACAAUGAAGAUGGCACUUGUUCUGUGAGUUACCUUCCAACUGAGCCUGGAGAUUAUGAGAUACAAGUUCAACAUAAUGACGUGCCUAUUCCAGGCAGUCCUUUCAAGGCCAAAAUUACAGAUGGACAUAUGAGAAAGUCAGAGGUCAAACUGGGCAGUGCGGUCGAUUUUACCCUGGACAUCACCGAAGAAGACAUUAGCCAGCUCUCCGCUAGCAUUAUGUCGCCCACAGGCAAUGAUGUACCCUGCUUACUGAAAACACAAGCUGACAGCCAUCUCGGCAUCUCCUUCAUCCCCAGAGAGGCUGGUGAGCAUCUGGUUAGCAUCAUGAAGGAUGGGGAGCAUGUGAGCAACAGUCCCAUCUCUCUGUCCAUCAGUCAGGCAGAGAUUGGAGAUGCCAGUAAGGUGAAGGCCUUCGGUCCAGGCUUACACACCGGGCACACCUUCUGCAAGUCUGAAUUUGUGGUGGACACUUGGGAUGCAGGAUAUGGUGGCUUAACAGUUGUAAUUGAAGGUCCCAGUAAAGUAGACGUCCACACAAAAGAGCUGGAGAAUGAUGGAACUUGCAAUAUAUCAUACUGCCCAAUCAAGCCUGGCAGCUAUAAAAUCUCCAUCAAAUUCUCAGAUGAGCACAUUCCAGGGAGUCCGUUUACAGCUGUGGUGAAAGACCAAGGGCUUAUGAGAGAGAACAUCACAUACAACCAGAAAGCUGCUCCUACUGCCAGCAUUGGGAGUGAAUGCAGUUUAGCCUUCAAACUCCAAGAUGUUGAUCCUGGGACUAUGUCUGCUCAUGUAUAUGAACCAUCAGGAAGUUUUGGAGAGGCUGUUAUCCUUCCUAGUACAGGCCGUGACAUCUAUGUAGUGAGCUUUCUAGCUAAAGAGAUGGGAGUUUAUAAUGUGAGCAUACAGAACAAAGGCCAGACGAUUUCCGGCUGCCCACUUCAAUACACCGUCGGCCCGCUGGGACGAGGAGGAUCUGAGAAGGUGCAGGUUUGGGGACAAAGCCUUCAGACGGCUCUGGCAACUGUUCCAGCUGACUUUAAUAUUUGGUCGCGUGAGGCUGGAGCAGGGGCUCUUUCUGUCUCCGUAGAGGGUCCUGGAGAGAUUGAGCUCCUCUUUGAUGAGCAGAUGGACGGGUCUUGCAUUGUGACCUAUACUGCACAACAGCCUGGUGACUAUGAGGUUUCAGUCAUGUUUGAUGAGGAUCAUGUUUCCCAAAGCCCUUUUCUUGUGUCUGUCAUUGCCGCCACAGACACUGCUGUCUCUGAUCAAACUCAGCUGUGUAACGGUCAUGGAGAAGCCUCUCUGUCAGGACCGCAGAUCAACACAACAUCUGACAGCAGUGCUGAGCCAGUUUUGCUGUCUGACGCUAGUAAAGUCAUCUGCCACGGCCCAGGCCUGAGUAAGGGCUUUCUGGGACGCAAAAACACUUUUUAUGUGGACUGCAGUAAAGCUGGACGAAACCUUCUGUUCGUGGGCAUGCAUGGCCCUACAGUUCCCUGUGAGCGGGUGUCCAUCAUUCACAUGGGCCAGUGUCAGUACAGGAUCAACUACGCUGUAAAGGAAAGAGGAAAAUAUGUCUUAGCAGUGAAGUGGGGAGAUGAGCACAUUCCUGGAUCGCCGUUUUAUAUUAGUGUUGUGUGAAGUACAUUUACGUGUGUGCGUGCGUGCGUGCGCUUGCAUGUGUGCUAGUUUGUGUAUAUACAUUAUUCAAAUGAGUGUUUUUGAAAGAAGACUCUUAUGCAGUAAGCAGUAAGUUUGUGAAACAUUAUUACAAAUUAAAGGGCACCUAUGAUGAAAAUCAGCUUUUGUAAGCUGUUUGGACAGAACUGUGUAUAUAUAGUGUGUCCAUUGUAAUAUUGGAGUGAUAUUAACCCAAAAAGUUUUUUUUUUUUUUUUUUUUUUUUUUUUUUUUUUAAUGGACCCAAAUCCUAGUGAUUUUGAGGCCCAUCGCAACGUGAUGUAGGAGUGUUGUUUUCCCGCCCACUGAAUUGAUUGAUAGACACCAUGAUUCCAUAAUAACUUGUAAACACAUGUCCACAGAACAUUAUUUUGCAAAUAAACUGAGAUAAAAAAAAUUUGUUACAACUCUGUGAAGUUUUAUAAGUUUUAAACUUUUUUAAAAUAGAACAUGUUUGUAUUAAAGACCGCUUAUUAACCACAGCCACAUUGUGUCACGUGGUGCUGCAAAUGGCAUUUGUGUGAUGCCACUAAUACAUUUUAGUAUGUUUACACUAAUACAUUUUAGCUUUAAAACUGUUUUUUUAGAAUGAAAACAAUUCGCGUCCACACUAGUGUUUCACCUAGCUAUUCUGAACAGCUCUGUGUCCACACUACACCUCUGAAAAUGCAGCGCAACGAUAAGUUAAUAUAUUAAUUAAUGUAACCACAUGAUUCUGCACAUUUGACUGACUACUUGCCUUAUUUCCUAAAUUGUAUAAACUUAUUGUACAUUAUACUUUUAAUAACCAUUAUUGAUUAUCAAAACUGAUAUUCAGCAAAAGCGAGGGUGUGUUUGGUAUAUUCACUAAAAAUGAAAGAAGGCAGUAAUAUUAUAGGCUCCGUUUUGUUAUGAAUAUGCACACAGUGAAGAUGGCGCUCAUAUAAAUAUGCAGCUACAUGACACCUCAACAUUUUUGGUAUCUGUUGGCAGUUCAUUCUAUCAUGUUUCAUUUUAUUGCUACCAACCCUGGAUGAGUUAAUAGAGGUUAUAGAGGUUGUACACUUUUCCCUGAUUUUAAGUCUGAACUUUACAUAAGAGGAUGCAAAACUGAAUUGUGUGUAGGCUACUUAAUAUUGAGGAAAACGUCCCGAACAUCUGCAGCCCCGCCUCCGUUUUCAGAUGUCUCUGUUUUCCCCUAUCCACACCAACACGGAGCAGCAGAGUUUUUAAAAAGCUUCAUUUUUGGUGCUCAAAACGCAAUCCGCACUGGACGGAUGGCGUAACCGUAGCAAAACGUAUUCGGUUUAAAACUAAAACGUAUUAGUGUAAAUGGGUCUGAGUCUGUCACUGUGCUGUUUAUCUGACAUAACAAAUGUUGAGAAGCAGACACCCAUGUGGGAACGGUGGGCGGAGAGAAGCAGCUCAUUUGCAUUUAAAGCCACAGGCUACAUAACAGCUACUGUUUACACCAAAAUGACACCAAAAUGGGCACAAUCUGCUGGCUGCAGACUCGGUGCAGUGCAAUCUGAGUUGUAUCCAAUGCUUUUUAAUGCGCUUACCUAACCCCACCCCUAACCCUACCCAUCACAGUGA